AUGGACUCCCAGCCUGGAUGCUUCUCUGGUCUCUUCUCAUUCCGCCGCAAGCGCUCUGAAGCCUUGCUAGAGUCUCGCGGACAGGCUCAUGAUACUCGUGCGAUCGCAUUACCUGUCGCCGGGGUGCCAAAAGUUGAACUAGGAAUGAGUGCGCAAUUUGCAGCGUCUGAGGCAGAUCUGCCACCGUACGCUCAUUUCUCCAGCACCUGCCUUUACUGUGACCACCGCGCGCACGCACCCUCCAGCACGCACGCGCGCUCUGAGAAGCCUCCCUCUUACAGCAAGGAAGACAUCUUCCAGCCCGAGGUCCUCAAGACUAUCGAAGACACAGUUGACAAGCUCUCUCCCGAGCUGCGAGAGCUCAGUCUCGAUAUUCUCCACCACCCCGAGCUUCAAUGGGAAGAGAGACGCACACACGACGUCCUCACCGCGUUCAUGUCUGCCCACGACUUCAAGGUCACGAAGCAUUACGCCGGACUGGAGACUGCCUGGCGUGCCGAGUUUACCCACACGCCUUCGUCCGCUGUGGGCAGCCAGGAGAAGGUACGCGUCAUUGGCGUGAAUUCUGAGAUGGACGCGCUUCCCGGUGUUGGACACGCAUGUGGGCACAACCUGAUCGCGACAGCCGGUGUGGGCGUCGCGCUCGCAAUCAAGACCGCACUGGAGAAGCAUGACGUGCCGGGAAAGAUCAUCCUGCUGGGUACUCCAGCGGAGGAGGGUGGCGGAGGGAAGAUCAAUCUUUUGGACGCCGGCGCGUACGAGGAAAUGGAUGCAUGCGUCAUGUGUCACCCAUCCGGUGCGGCUGUAAACACCUCGUCGCUUGGACCGUCGCUUGCUUGUCAGCCACUUGAAGUGGAAUUCUUCGGACACGGCGCCCAUGCGGCUUGGGCGCCUUGGGAGGCGCAAAAUGCUCUAGACGCCGCAUUUUUGGCUUAUUCGAGCGUCUCUGUACUCAGGCAGCAGAUUAAGCCGUCCCAUCGCGUCCACGGCAUUGUCAGCGGAAGGGAUUGGGCGCCCAACAUCAUACCAGACUAUGCAAAGAUGCGCUGGAUCGUCCGCGCACCGACUUGGGACGAGCUUGUUGCCCUCCGAGAGCGCGUCAAGGCGUGCUUCGAAGCUGCUGCCCACGCAACCGCCUGCAAAGUUACCAUCGCUGCAGGACCAGGCUAUUACGACCUGAGGCAGAACCAGAUACUUGGCGAGCAAUUCGCACAAGUUGUUGACCGGUACGGCUUCUCUGCUGAAUUUGAUGAGGGCAUGGCGGCUUCAACCGAUUUCGGCAACGUCACAUACGCUCUGCCCUCGCUGCACCCAGGGUUCGCGAUCCCGACCCCGCCGAACGGUGGAAACCAUACCCCGCAGUUCACCGAGGCGGCCGGGACGCCUGAGGCACACACUGCGAUGUUGGGCGUGACGAAGGCUCUUGCAGCAACUGGGUUCCGAGUCGUCGCCGAUGCGGAGUUCACGAUGCAGGUCAAGAAGGCAUGGGAGGAGCAGAUGAAGGAGAAGCAAUUGUAA